AGGCUGAGGUCAUUGUGCUGCUGUGGGCUGUCUUGACAGAUUGCUCCACACUGACGCAGUGGGUGUUGAUGACGAAGGAGCGUAACCCCCUGGACCCCCACUGUGAUGCUGCUGCGACCAAAGGCCAGGCCAGUCUUACCCCCACCACACUCUUCAAUCUCCACAUUGAAUUUGAUGAGACUCUUCCCACAACCCUUACACACUGAUAUACAUUCCACGCAUGCCCACCCAGUCCGGGUCUCAGCCUGGCACUCUGGGUGGCUGCGGGCAAAAGGCACGCCCCUCUCAACAAAAGCAGCAGUGUUUGUGCCUGUGCGUGACAACUGUGGGAUGAUGAGCAGCAGCGCACAUCCAGUGUGCCCUCCAGGAGACAGGGUCACGACGUUUUAACAGAGAAAGAGUUCAUGAGCACUGCAACCGGUGAGGCUCUAUCAUGUCCACAUAUUGCUGCGUCCUGUCACAGAGAGCCAAAUGGACUUGACUCAUCUUGUCUGUUUUAUGUGUGCUGUCUUGUAAUAGGGUUGUUUUUUUAAAUUAGGAAUGGUUGAAUUUGACUAAAACCACUGUGUACUGUAUCAUUUACAUGCAAGGUUAUUUGAUUUGAUUAAGAAUAAGUCACAGAUAUAUAAAAAAAAAAAAAAUAAGGGGGACAACUGCAAUUUCAAGCAUGUGCAGUGUUGUUGCGUGUUUGUUUAGAUAAUUAGGACACCGUCUAAAACUAUAGUACAAAAUAUAAUGGCAUUAUCCUCGGCACACAUAUCGACGACUUGCUAAAUAACAUUUUACAAACAAUACAGACACAGAGCAGUUUUGAUCAAGUGGUACAAUUAGAGUCUUUGUGCUUUGGCUUUCUGUAUUUGUUCUUUUUAUGCUGUUUUGCAGCCCUCCUAUCAGCUUCCAGCUCAGACUCCAGUGUCUGCACUCAAUAGCCCUCUGUAUGUCGACACAGAAGAGGGACUAUACAGCGUCUCUCCUCCCUUUUCCCUCUCUCACUAUAUCUCCCACCCCCUCUUUCUUUUCUUUUCUUUUUUUUGCCCUCACUGACAAGUGCACAUCCCCUGACACUGAGCCUGACGUCACAGAUGGCUAAAUGAGCUUCCCUGUAGUGCUUCAUUCAGUGAGAUUGGUUUUGGAGUUGAAAGUUAAAGUAGGGGGCGGGUACCAGGUAGCUCGAGGCAUCAGGUGUGCGUGUGGAGAGGGAGAAGGGGGGGAAACAGGAGAAGAGGAGCAGCAAUCAGAUGAAUGAGCUCCAUGGCCACUGGACAUGUUAUGAGAGGAGAGCAGGACUUUGCUGGGAUUAGAACAGUAUGUGUAUGCUGAGCUUAGACAUAAGGAGACCUGAACGAGGGACAUCCAGUCAUUUUAGUCAUCCAGAAGUGCACGGAAAAGAAGGCGGCAAUGUAUCUGGACCAGAAAUGCUCCUAGUAGUUUUCCUUUGGAUUCACGCAUGAGGGGCAAAGUUGUCGCCUGAAUUAACCUUGUGGACAAAUGUUUCCCAUCCGUGGCUUGUGGCAGAAAGAGGAAAACUGUCCCACACGUCGCCUUAUUUGCCCCCUACAUGGGAGUCCAGACACACAGAGCAGAAAACGCCUGUUUCCCUGUGUUUGCAGAGGGAUGUUUGUGUAAUGUUUUGAUAGAAACACAUGAGGUAAUCCUUGACACUGCUGGACCAUGACUGGCAAAGUGAGGCAGUGGAGGUCCAUGUGCAAAGGCCUGGUCCUGGGAACCCUCUUGACCAGCUGUAUGAUCCUGCUUUACUGCCUCUCCACUCCACAGAUCCACUUCAGUCUGCCUGAGCUUCCGGUGCCUUACUCCUGUGCCCACCGUCCAUCCCAGCUCCACCAUAAACUAACCGCAAACAGCUCACACCAAACCCAUGGCCAACCUUGUGCUCCUAAAGUGGACGUCAUGUUCCUGAAGACCCACAAAACAGCCAGCAGCACCUUCCUCAACAUCCUUUUCCGCUUUGGGGAAAAACACCAGCUGAAAUUUGCCUUCCCUGACAGCAGGAAUGACUUCUUCUACCCAUCUCCUUUUGAGCGCUCCCAGGUAAAAGAGUACAAACCAGGGAUGUGCUUCAACAUUAUCUGUAAUCACAUGCGAUUCAAUGCACCUGAAGUGGCUAAGCUGCUCCCCAUGGACACGUCCUACAUCACUAUCCUGCGAGACCCCGCAGAGCUGUUUGAGUCGUCCUUCCACUACUUUGGCCGCCUGGUGCCGUUUACCUGGAGGAUACCAGGUGAUGACAAGCUGGCUGAGUUCCUGCGUGACCCCCUUCACUACUUUGAUCCAGAGGGCUUUAACUCUUUCUACCUCAAGAAUCUGCUGUUCUUUGACUUUGGCCUGGACAACAACCUGGAGCCAAAUGGUCCUCAAGUAGAAGAAGGAAUCAAAUUCAUCACCGACCGCUUUCAGCUCGUCAUGCUGGUAGAAUACUUUGAAGAGUCACUCAUUCUGCUCAAGGAUACCCUCUGCUGGGAGAUGGAUGAUUUGCUCUUCUUUAAGCUCAAUGCUCGCAAGGGAUCCACAGUGUCUGAACUUACUCCUGAGCUGAGGGAAAGGGCCCUUGAGUGGAAUGCUAUUGACUGGAAGCUCUACCAGCAUUUCAACCAGACCUUCUGGAAGAGAGUAGAUGCAUAUGGACGGCGGCGGAUGGCUGAGGAGGUGGCAGAACUCAGGAGAAGGAACACGGAGAUGGCAUCCAUCUGCAUCGAGGGGGGUCAUGCCGUGGACGCUGGCAGCAUCCAAGAGACAGCCAUGCAGCCUUGGCAACCCAUUGGAGAGAAGUCGAUCAUGGGUUAUAACCUGAAGAAGAAUGUGGACAAGGCACAUCAGAAGUUGUGCCGUAAGAUGUUGAUGCCAGAGAUUCAAUAUUUAACAGAGCUUGGGGUGAACCUGUGGAUCACAAAGCUGUGGGGCAAUGUUCGAAAUAUCAUCAACUGGUAAGAAAGAGUGGCCAAUUCAGCUCCAAAAGACUGUAUUCAAAGAAAGGAAGUCCGAAGGUGUGGCUGAUACAAGCCCCUUUCCUGACUUGUUUUAUUGUAAGUGACUAUGUAUGGUAUUUGAUUGCUUGAGAAAACAAACACUGUUGAGCACACAAUCGAUGAAUACAGAAACAUUUUUGUGACAUGUCUGUGUGUUGACUCAAAUGUCAAACAUUAAAAAAUGUUGUUACUCUCAGUUGUGUGCCUGUUGUAAUGGUUAAAUGAAUCAGGAUUGAAGACCCAUUUGUUGCCAUUUGAGUUUUUGAGAACAGAGAAAUGUGUUAUUUUUCUCGACGUGGCAAGAACAAGAACAAAGGUCAUUCUGGCCAGGAAAUUUCAUACUUCACAAGAAACUCAAUUUCAAUCACACAAUAGUUCUGCCCAGACGGUGCGUCAAGAGCGAGCUGCAAGAUCUCCCAAACCCUGAGAGAGAGAACACAUUUCUCAAUUCUUGAAGAGUAUGUACACUACUACUAAAACACACAUGAGAAACUAGUGAAUGUAAAGUAUACCGUCCCAGUUAUGGAGGAAAAAAUCAGCCAUCAUUUAAAAAAUCAGGCGAGCAAACAGACAAUUAUAAUAGCAAAUCAUAUGAGUACGUAACAGCGAAGGUGGGGAUUAGUUAAGGGGUUAACUAAUGUAAUGAAUAAAACCUCUGCUUCCCUGCGGUGACCUCCCAAUGUAAAUGUCUGAUGAAUAAAAUAAAAAAUAUAUCAAUGAAAUAAAUCCUGAGAGCAUUACUAUAUGUUAUCACUAAGAUUUUUCUUUUAUGUUUCUUGUCAGUUUAUUGUUUUCUUUUAUUUAUUUUUUAUUGUUUUUGAGUUUUCUGCUAUAUUAAAUCAUAUUAUUGCUUUUUUAAGCCAAAUCUUUUUCUCUCCUGACAGCACAGCGUUUUCGGUACUCAGUGUUUGGGCAGGCAAUGAUAAUAUGAUAUAUGUGUGGUCAACCUAGACAUGUAAAUCAUCCAAUCUAGACAAUGCCUGACAGUGUUUAACCUCACACACAUGUUUGCACAGCCUUGUAAUCAUUGUCUGUGGAUAUUACAAGAUCAAACUGAGCAAUAAACAGAUCUUUAAUAGAUGUUCUAUUCAGAAUUAUUGAUUCUAUAAUUUAUCGAUUUUGUCCUCCAUACAAUGGCAAUGAAAUUAUAUGAAUUAUAUGAAAAAAAUAGAUGUAAUCUGUAUUGUAUAUAUUAAAUUUGACUGGCACCA